AGUUGCGCGCUCGCAGCGCAAGUUGGAGAAGGAUAGCGCUUAAAUGCUACGGGAAGAAAUAGUCGUGACGGAUUAUUAAUCCAGUGGAUAAUUAUUUUAAAAAAAGUCACUGAGAAAAAUAUGCCUCGGCACGCUCUCAUUAAAAGAAAGGACGAUACUCGGUGCCGAGUGGUAUAUUGUCAAGAGGAUACGGAAGAGAGAGACAUUAAAUUGCUUCAAGAACUAACUGAAUGUAUGAUAUAUUCUCUAACUACCUCCGAUGGAAAGCCAGUAGAUGAACUUGGUUUAGAAAUGCUAACUGCGGUCCUUUAUUUAGGGGACACGUACGUUCGCAAAAUGCAACGACAAGACGAAAUGAGAAAAGUCAGGGAUGAAAUUGAGAGACAACAAGAAGAAGAAUACUAUAAAAGGAAACAACAAGGUUUGUUUCAAUUAUGUGCCUUGUUUAGCUUUUGA